ACCUGGACGGAAGUGAACAUAAAAGGCAGCACAGGUAGAGUCCUCCUCCCCCUCCUCCUCCCCCUCCUCCUGAUCCAGGUAGCAGCGCUCUCCUAUGAGUCUCUCAGUCGGUGGAGAGCAGCAGGCUGGUGUUGGACAUGUUUCACUGCAGUAACUAUGAGACACCUUGAGACCUUCUUCUUCCGCUUCUGCUCCCUCAUCAUCAGGAACCUCACGGACUAAUGGGGCUUCUACUGCUGAGCCUGGUUCUGCGGUACUGGAUCAACACCGUGGAGGGAUCAUGUUCAGCUGGCAGCGCUGUGACUUGUGACCAGUGUCUGCAGCUUAGUUCUCACUGUGCCUGGUGCACACAGGAGAACUUCACAGACUGGUUCACCGUCAGCGAUCGAUGUGACACACUGGAUGUUUUAUUAGAGAAGGGAUGUCCCCGGGACCAGCUGGAGUACCCUGUUUCCAAAAGCCAAAUCCUGCAGAAUCGCCCUGUUGGGAGGAAGACCGGGAAAGUUAACAGCACUCAGAUCUCCCCACAGAAAAUGUCUCUCAAGCUUCGACCUGGUAGUCAGGUGACUUUCCAGGUGAAGAUUCAGCACACUGAAGACUAUCCUGUGGACAUCUACUACCUGAUGGACCUGUCAGCAUCCAUGGUGGACGAUCUGGAGAUGAUCAAAGACCUGGGCUCCACUCUGUCUAAAGAGAUGGCUAACCUCACCAGUAAAUUCAGGAUGGGCUUUGGCUCUUUUGUGGAGAAACCAGUCCUGCCUUUCAUUAAGAUAACAGAAGAGGAGCUUGUUGACCCCUGCAGGGGCACCAGAUAUACCUGCGUGCCAACGUUCGGAUACAAACACGUGUUGUCUCUGACGAGUAAAACAGACGAGUUCAACGAGAUCAUCAGGAAGCAGAGCAUCACGGCUAACAUCGACCUGCUGGAGGGGGGCUUCGACGCCGUCAUGCAGGCCUCCGUCUGUGGGGACAGGAUCGGCUGGAGGAAUGACUCCAUGCGGUUGCUGGUGUUCGUCAGUGAUGCUGACUCACACUUUGGGAUGGACAGUAAGCUGGCCGGCAUCGUGGUUCCCAAUGAUGGGCAGUGUCACAUGGAUGUUAACAAUGAAUACUCCAUGUCCACAGUGCAGGAGUAUCCCACUCUGGCUCAGCUGAGUGAUAAGGUGGUGGAGAACAAUAUCCUGCUCAUAUUUGCUGUGACAGAGAAUCAGAAGAGUAACUACCUGAACUAUGCAAAUGUCAUACCUGGCGCCACAGUCGGGGUCCUCGCCAUGGAUUCUCGAAACAUCCUGGAGCUGAUUGUGACAGCGUACAAAGAGCUGCGUUCAGAGGUCGAGCUGGAGGUCCUCGGAGACACUGAAGAGCUCAAGAUGUCCUUCACAGCUAUCUGCCCGAACGGGAGCGUUCAGCCUGACGUGAAGCACUGCUCCAACAUCAAACCUGGAGAGACGGUAGUCUUCAACGUUUCUGUGGAGCUCCCUGGAUGCCUCUCUGGGCUCCGUCACUUCUCCCUCAAACCGGUGGGCCUCCAUGACAGCCUGGACGUUGAGCUGGAGUCUCUCUGCUCGUGUGACUGCCAGCGGCCUCCUGAAGCGAACAGCAGCCAGUGCGUGGAGGGCCAGGGGGCUUUCCAUUGCGGCGUGUGCGAGUGUCAGCCAGGGUUCAUGGGAGCAGAGUGCGAGUGCAAUGAGGAGAGCGCUUUGUUGAGUAACUGCCUCUCUAACAACGAGUCCUCGAUAUGCAGCGGUCAGGGCCAGUGCUACUGCGGACAGUGUGUGUGUGAGGCCUCCAGCUUUGGACGCAUCUACGGACCUUUCUGCGAGUGUGAUGAUUACUCAUGUGCUCGAUUCCGUGGGGAGCUCUGUGGAGGCCAUGGGAGGUGUGACUGUGGGGAGUGUCACUGUGAAGCCGGCUGGACGGGGGAGUACUGUAACUGCAGCAGCAGCACCGAGGCGUGCAUGUCAGAGGACGGCUCGGUCUGCAGCGGCCGGGGUCGAUGUGAGUGUGAUCAGUGCAUCUGUACCGUACCUGGAGCAUCUGGGGACAGGUGUGAGAAGUGCCCAACAUGUGGAGACGCCUGCAGCUUUGCAAGGUCCUGUGUGGAGUGCCAUCUGCAAGAUAAAGAGAGUGCUGAGUCGUGUGAGCAGAGGUGCAGCACCCCGAAAGUUACAAUCAACACAACAGCAGAUUAUGACAAGAGCGCCUCUAUGCAAUGCACGCUAAUGACUGAGAACGAGUGCUGGAUCUCCUUCAGCGUGGUAGCAGGGGAGACCGGGAUCAUGGCCUACAGUCUCCAGAUUUACGGUUGUCCAGAGCCUCCCAACAUCCCCAUGAUUAUCCUGGGAGUCUCGCUCUCCAUCGUGUGCAUCGGCCUGAUCCUGCUGGGCGUGUGGAAGGUGCUGGUGUCUGUCCACGACCGCAAAGAGGUGGCCAAGUUUGAAGCGGAGAGAUCCAAGGCGAAGUGGCAGUCGGGGACCAACCCUCUGUUCAGAAGCUCAACGUCAACUUUCAAAAACGUUACCUACAAGAACAGAGAGAGAGAAAAGAUGAUUACACUGGAUACCUACUGAGGACAAGCCGCAGGCCGUCUGAGUGCACUUACCUGUGUGUGUCUGUGUGUGUGUGUGUGUGUGUGUGUAUGUGUGCGUGUGUAUGAGAGAUGAAGUGUGUUUUUGAAUGAAAAGUGUUGAUCCUGAGACGUUGACCCACAGUGGAGCUGGCUGUGAUGAACACUACAUGAUGAACCUGCUGCUGUAAAGUGCACUGUGCCGUUAAACACUGAACCUGCGUUACCUUUGAACAAACUUCACACACCUUCGUCUGCUGUAACACGCGGCUGUGGAAACAAACGUCUACCUUCUCGUGGUCUACUACUGAACGUCUUUGUUUUAUUCAUAUGAAUGUAAAUAUGCAGGGGGAUGAUUUUAAAUAUUGUGUUUGGUUGUUUUAUGUAAAGUGAGGCUGAGCCUCCAUUGUUGAGUUUUGUAGUGUCACAAACUAAGACGUGUUUUGACUUCUUGUGAAAUGACACUUCUGGCAUUAAGGGUUUAUUAUGUGUUAAAAGAGUUCUGUAAUCUUCUGACCAACAGUGAAAUGACUGGAUUGUUCAGACUUGGCAUGAAAAGCAGAUUCAAAGUUUAAUUAGUGUGCAGUGAAACACUGAGCUCGAUCAGAAAGAGACUUUCUGUUUCUCUCUCUUUCCAGACCAGUAAAGGAAGAGUAAUAAACUUUAUUUAACUGCUCCUACUCAGCAGACAACAUGGA